CGAAGUUUUAUAUGUUUUUAGCUAAUUUUUUAAGCUGGGGAACCGUUCCCUCCGUUCCCUUCUUUUCUUUUUAUACUCCACUGUUCCAUUUUUCUACUUUUGAGCUACGAAUGAAGUAGAGAGCUAGGGUUUCGAAAUCGUUUCCUUAUCAUCGGUUUCUGGUAUCCAAAAUUGGGGGCAUCAAUUAGAGGGAUUUGGCAAUGGGGAAGCAUCCGGCGAAAUGGAUUAAGACUUUGCUUUUUGGCAAGAAAUCAACAAGAUCUCAUUCAAACAAAAGAGAUGGAAAUGGUCAAAGAGGGACUUCUGUUUCUGAGAAUUCUCCAGAGAUCUCUGAGCAUGUGCUUGUGAGCCCUCAUGGAAGUUUUUCAACCGUAGGAGGGAGGACGCCAUCUGGUUUACAUGGUGACCGAGCAGCUGCGCCUAGCAUCAGUCAAGGUGCGGACAAACAAGAGAUUGUUGUAUCUGAUGCUGAAAAACUAAGAGAACAUGAGGCUGCCACAAAGGCACAGGCUGCCGUUCGAGGUUAUCUGGCGCGGAGGGCAUUUCGAGCGUUGAAAGGUAUCAUAAGGCUGCAAGCUUUAAUCCGUGGGCAUCUUGUAAGGCGGCAAGCUGUUGCAACUCUUCGAACUAUGCGGGCAAUCAUAAAGUUCCAAGCUGUAGUUCGUGGCAGAGGUGUUAGGAGCUCUACAAUUGUUCGUAAUGUCAGUACAAAGAAUUGGCAAAAAUGCCCUGCGGAUUCUGAGUCCCUGGAUGCCUGGAAAGAGAAAUUAUCUAAAAAUGCAUUUGUUUGUACGCUUCUGUCUUCACCGACUUUGAUGAGGGCACUACACGUCAAAUAUCACCCAGAUAAUCCCAAUUCAGUCUUCAGCUGGUUAGAGAGGUGGACGAAAGCUCGAGUGUGGGCGCGACUUCCCCAAUUCAAAAAGGCUGUUGGCUUAAAACAACGAGCAAGGAGAGCCAAUUAUGCUACAGCAACUAAAACCGAGAAAUUGAAGCGCAACCCAAGAAAGUUGGCUAGCUCUCCUACUGAUACUGUGCAAGAAAACCCUGAAAACGAGAUAAAGGUCAAACGUAAUCUAAGAAAGUUAUUGAAUUCAAAGAUUAAAAUGCCUGACCAUCCAGAACAGAGCAAUGACAAUUUGCUGAAGGUAAAGAAAAAGUCAGCUGUUACACCUGAAAACAAGCCCGGAAUUGGAACUGCUGUAAUUUCUGAAACUGGAAAGGUGCAGAUUGAUUCCUCAACCAAUGUUCAGGGAAGAGUCGAACCAGAGCCAUUGCAUAGCAUUGGCAAUGAUGAUAAAGCUCUGGCGAUGAAUGAGGCAUUAAGCUCCAACGAAGAGCAACCUUCUUCUGAAAGCCAGAGAACCGGUAGGAGGAAGUCUUCUUACUUGGCAAAAUCAGAUUAUUCCGAAAAUGGUUUACAAAAUGUUCCAAUUUUGCCAAGCUAUAUGGCUGCAACAGAAUCUGCAAAGGCGAAAUUCCGAGGUCAGGUUUCACCUCAGUUUGAUGAUUCAGCAGACAAAAAUGGGAACAUUACCCGCCGCCAUUCACUGCCAUCCUCUGUACAUGGAAGCUUGAAUUCAAAUUCACCAAGCACACAGAAGCUGGUCCAGGCUAGCGGCAACAGUGGAGUCAAAAGUGACAGAUCUCUGUCUUUAUCUGGAGAUGGGUGUGUUAGGACAAUCCAAGUUGAAUGGAGACGUUGAUGUUGAAGAAGCCGAACUUUGAAACGUGCUUUCACGGGAGCGUUUUACCUGCAGUUUCUGUCUUUAUCAUUUGCUUGAUUUGUGAUGUAAAGUUUGCGUGUUUAUCCUUAACUAGUCCGAGGAACUGGGCUGUUAAAUGUGUUAUGUAUAGCUAGUUCUUUUGGAAUUUGUUUUGAUUAAUGGCGAGAGAAGUUUCUAAAAUCUAAAUGCGUAUGCUAGAACAAUCUCAUCAAGUAUCGUAUCUUUCUCUUUUAUCU